AAACAUAAUAAGGAUAGAGACUUUUCCACCUCUAAUAAGUAAUAAGUCAGUCAAUUCGUCGAAAGUCAACUAAUAAUGGUGUGAUACUCUGUCACAAUAGUAAACAUAUACAACUCUCAUUUUGAUAUUCGGAAGAAAUGUCACUAUACUUUUUAUUAAUUUGUCAUUAUAUUUCCAACACCAAACACAACUCUCUGUCUCUCUCUCUCAAUCAAGAACGGUAAAGAUGGCUCCACGGACACCAAAACGGCACACCGUUCAGCAUUUCACGCAUAUUCAUCCUUUAACGGAGUUUGACAGCAUUGGCGAUUUCAUCUGCGACGGCUGCAAAACCUAUGGCUCGGGCAAGACAUAUCGAUGCGAACCGUGCAACUAUGAUCUCCAUGAAUACUGUGCCACAUGUCCCCUUACCCUCCCAACCUUCAUUCAUCCCCAACAUGAGCUCAACCUCGUUGUCCGGAAACAACAGUCCACACGCCAAAACGACCGCGCGUGUGACAUAUGCGACGAGUCGGUCGAAGGGUUGUUCUACAGAUGCAAGAUAUGUGAGUUUGACGUGCAUCCUCUCUGCACGCAGCUGCCUCAGCACGUGAGGCACGUGCUUCACCCUGCCCAUCACUUGGAGUUUCGCCUCGCGGGAGCUAGCACGUGUAUGGUUUGUCACGGCCCGUGCCAAUCUUGGAGGUAUAGGUGUGAGCUAUGUAGGUUCGAUAUUCAUAUGGAGUGUAUCUUAGCCGUGUGCAACACGUCACCUUCUAACCAGACCGAUGCGUCGGGUACUACGAGCAGAGGGCUCAAGCCACAAGGUGGACAACCGUCGUCGCCCAUGCAGUGGCAACAACCGCAUUUUGGUUACCCGUAUGCUUAUGGGCCAAUGGGUCAACAACAACCUUAUUUUAAUCAUCAUCCCUAUAAUUACUAUAAUUUCAAUUACAUGAACGGGUUUAAUAUGAAUCCGGGUCAGGUACCAGUGGCUGGGGCGGGUCAAAACCCGACUCCGAGUAAGGGCUGGAAAAUGUUUACGAUUGCAACGAAGCUAACAUUGGGAGUUGUUUCUAGUGCAGUGUUUGGGUUUCCCAUUACAAAUCUCAUGUCGUGACUUUUUGUUUUCUUUCUUCUAAUUUCGGUGCUGAAGUAUACUUACA